GCCAACGCGCGCGUUCCCGAGAGUGCUCGGUAGAAAAUGGCGAGUCUGUGCAAGAGGCAGCAAUGUACGAUCGAGAGGCGAGGCUUUCGGCAGGAUCUUGAUUCGUGGCGGCAUAAACUCAUUCAUUGUGUAGGUUUUGAGAGCAUUCUAGAAGGGUUGUUUGGGUCGAGGUUGGUGGAGGACCUAACGUUAUUUAAAGGCAGUGAGCCCGAAGGCGGUACAGACUGGUCAUUUGACGAGAGCUGCCCGUUCUGCUGCGUAAGACGAGACAAAGUCAAGGAGCACUUAGUUGGCCUGAGCAACCAGGGGUUGGAGAGUGGGGCUGAACCCCUGCUGGUCAAAGACCAGACCAAGAUCAACAUACUUGAGAAACAAGCAGAGGAAUUUUUUAAUGCAGUCCUCUACAAAAAAGAUGUGCCCAGCUUCUCAGACCCGCACAUUCCAGGAGUGGCUCUGGACAUAAUGCAGAGGAUGAUCCGCCAGUUUGCUGCAGAAUAUACCUCAAAAAGUAGUUCCUCUACUCUGGACAGGCGCUCCACUCCCAGGCCUGGUCCCCACCCAGACCAAAGCCUGCCUCCUCCCCCCUCGCUGCCCACGGUGCCCCCAGCUGCCAGCCCUGGUGGUACUGCUACCCCCUCCGUACCCAGCCAGAACCCCGUCCUCUCCAAGCUGCUGAUGGCCGACCAGGACUUGCCUCUCGACCUCACUGUCAAGAAGCCUCUGCCACAGCCUGUAGAACAAGAUGGAGUCCUGGACCUGUCACUCAAAAAGGGACGGGCCAAAAGCAGCACACCAUCGCUCCGCAGCCCACAUCUUUCCCAGACGCCCACUCUUAAAGGUGAAUGUCUGGAGCUGACGACAGAAAAGGCCCGGGACCUGCAGUCCACCUCCACGCUGGAGCAGUUCAUGACCAAGCUCUGUCUGCACCACCAGAGGCAGAUUGUCGACGCUCUGGGCUUCCUACAGACAGAGGUUAAGGCUAUAUCCUCCUCCAGUACUUCGCUAGCUUCUGCCUCCAAACCCUCUUGCUCAGUGGAGCACGGAGCCCUCCAGGGUCCUAGCCCUGCACCUUGCCUGCAGACCCCAGAGAGGGGGAGGACUGGUCAGAAACUUCCCCUGGCUUCCACUCCAAAAGGAUCGACGGAGGGGCAAGAAAGGUUGGUAGCCCCAGAGCAGACUGCUGUGUUACGAAAUGUGUCUGGGGCCUCUGGGCCGGCCUUGGAUCUCCGUAAACCUGGCCCAGGGGAGUCUAAGGCUUUGGCAACACUGUUCAGAAGCGCAGAUAACAGUGUGAGUAAACGUCUUAGUGACCAUGCUCCGCUAAAGAUCAAAAUCAUGAAGUCCAGCAGCCUGGCUGAUGGUAAAAAGCUAUCCUGUGUGCUCACCACCUCUCUUCCUGCUGGCGCCGGUACUUUGGAAGAAAUGCAGGGCAUUUCUGACCCCUCAACCAGAGCAGAUACUUACAGUACUGGACAAGGCUCCUCUGUGAAAAGGCACGAUCAUGCUGAUCGCUCAACAAGACAAAGAGGCUCCAUUGAACAUACCAAAGACACGCUGGUCAAACAAAGUCCACCUGAAAAGACCCACAACAACAUACCCCCAGUUUCCCCCGGGACAGCAAGAAAGACCAUAAAGGGGUCUUCCUACCAUCGGCCUAGGGCCACUUCCUCAGUGUGUCGGUUUGUAACCGACCCUGAUCUCGGCCACUGCGACAUCGUCUACAUCGACAAACCAAUCACAGAGUGUUUCCGGGAACGGCAGCACCGUCUGCUCCCUCGACGCAACGCCAGGAAAAGCACCCGAGGUCACAUGUAUGUGGAAGAAAUGUGGGAGCUGAAGACUGUCCGUACAUUAGCCAAGACGUCUGCCCGCAAUGAUAGUGGCAACUGUCCCACUCCAAUGCCAGAGCCCAUCACUCUGGUCACACCUAAACAGGUGCUUGGCAAGCCUGAGGGACUACCUCUUGUGGAUAUGCCUUUUGUUGGAGGUUUUGUGGAGACUGUCAGUCAGAAAACUCCUUCCGAGCUUCCAGCUGAAAGUGAGGUGGCGGGGGAUGUGGAGGCCGCAGCAGCAUCAGCCAGUGAGAUGGCACUGAUCGUUGAGACUAGUCAGACAGACCAGAGUCAGUGCAAAGAGCAGACUGCCCCUCCACCUCCUUCACAGAGUCCCCCAGUGGAUAACGAGCAGAGUACAGGGACGAACUCGGAGCAGCCAAGGCAGAGCCUAGCACCAGAGGAUAAUCUAGCUCAGACUGUGGUCGAGACACCAGAUCAGGAUUUAAACAGUAUACACAAUUACAUCGUUUUAAGUAAAAACCCAGAGCAGGUGGUGAUGGGGAAAGAUGCGAACUUAUCACAGGAUAAGACAUCAGAAGAAGUUGAGCUUGUCCAGGAUAUGUUGCAGAGUGUGCCAGAGGGCCAGAAAGUUGUCUCUGAAACCCAACAGGAAUCUGCAUCACUGACCCCUUCCCUGGAGAGCAAUGAAGACAAGGAGGUAGUGAGUGCAGUUGACAAAGAGGUAGUGGGUGCAGGUGCAGUUGACAAAGAGGUAGUGGGUACAGGUGCAGUUGACAAAGAGGUAGUGGGUGCAGGUGCAGUUGACAAAGAGGUAGUGAGUGCAGAUGCAGUUGACAAAGAGGUAGUGGGUACAGGUGCAGUUGACAAAGAGGUAGUGGGUGCAGUUGACAAAGUGCAGGCCAUGCCUCUGGAACCUCAAAUUUCAAUUGACCAGAAACCAUCUGAGGGCUCUGGAGGAGAAGCAAAUGCUGGCAUGGAGGUUCCCGCGGAGAGUGAAAGGAUAGAGGUGCAGGAAACGGGCGAGGUUGAACCAGACUUGGCUCCUGGCGAUGGUGACAAUGUGCCUGAAGAGGAAAAGACACAUGUUGAUUUGUCCUCUAAAAAGGUCAGUAAGGCAGUUGAGAGAGAAUUGCCUCUCAGGCGUUCUGAAAAACAGGGUAUUCCAGCACGAGUGAUUCCUUCAAGGGUGAAGGAAGCUGCAGUGAUUGAUACAGAGAGUAUGAUUAUAUGUGGAUAUGUGAAUGGUAGACCUAUUGGACAUUCUGACAGAUGUUUGCGUGAACGGCCAGCCAGAACCACCCCAGAGUCUACUCCUACUAAGACUAAACGCCCCACUAAGGUGUCUCUGAAACAGACUGAGAACCCUUCUGAGAACGCGGCUGAGAUUCCACAAGUCUCACCUGAGACUCCUCUCACCCCGAUCCCUGCUGGGGUAAGCGUCAAAAGCCCUUCGUCGAAGCGCCUCACCAAGGCCUCCCUGAAACAAUCUGAGAAAUAUUCUGAGAACAUGCCAGAGGUUCCUCAAGUCUCACUCCCUUCAGCCGAAGUGAUCAAAAGCCCUGUGUCCAAACGGCCCAAAAGAACCCCUAAAGCUAAAAUCACUCAGAACCUGCCUGACACACAGACCCCUGCUGAAGCAAGCCAGAACAUGCCUGACACAAGGACCCCUAUUGCCCCUAUAACAGCAAGCCAGAGCAUUCCUGACACUCCUCAAGUCCCAGACACACCAGUCAACUCCUCCAGGAGACCUGAGUCCAGACAACCCCUCAGAUCUGCCAGACUGCAACAGGCAGCAGCUAUUGCCUCCCCUCUCGUCCCUGACGCCUCCCCUCUCGUCCCUGACGCCUCCCCUCUCGUCCCUGACGUCUCCCCUCUCGUCCCUGACGUCUCCCCUCUCGUCGCUGACGUCUCCCCUCUCGUCCCUGACGUCUCCCCUCUCGUCCCUGACGCCUCCCCUCUCGUCCCUGACGCCUCCCCUCUCGUCCCUGACGCCUCCCCUCUCGCCCCUGACGCCUCCCCUCUCGUCCCUGACGCCUACCCUCUCGUCCCUGACGCCUCCCCUCUCGUCCCUGACGCCUCCCUCUCGUCCCCUGACGCCUCCCCUCUCGUCCCUGACGCCUCCCCUCUCGUCCCUGACGCCUCCCCUCUCGUCCCUGACGCCUCCCCUCUCGUCCCUGACGCCUCCCCUCUCGUCCCUGACGCCUCCCCUCUCGUCGUCCCUGACGCCUCCCCUCUCGUCCCUGACGCCUCCCCUCUCGUCCCUGACGCCUCCCCUCUCGUCCCUGUCGCCUCCCCUCUCGUCCCUGUCGCCUCCCCUCUCGCCCCUGACGCCUCCCUCUCGUCCCUGACGCCUCCCCUCUCCGUCCCUGACGCCUCCCCUCUCGUCCCUGUCGCCUCCCCUCUCGUCCCUGUCGCCUCCCCUCUCGUCCCUGUCGCCUCCCCUCUCGUCCCUGUCGCCUCCCCUCUCGUCCCUGUCGCCUCCCCUUCUGUUGAAGGGGCUGUUACUUUCAUUGUUGCCCCAGAACCGUCUACCUCCCUCACACUCCCCUCCACUGAGCUCAACCCUCCCCUCCCCAUUGCCUAUCCUCUUCUUCCUAUUGUCUCCCAUCUCUUCCCUUCAUCUCAUCAAAACAGUGCAGUCACCCAGAGCUCUGCAGAGCUGAAAGUUCAAAAAGCUCAGCCAGCUCCAAAUGCAAAACCCAGCGAGACAGAGAAAACAGCAGGGGAAACUAGAGUGCAAAUUAGACCGAAGCUCAGGUCGUCAAUGAUGGUAGCAAAGGAAGUUGAAAUUGUUGAGAGUCAGCAAGUUAGCAGUGAGUAUUCUGCUCUCACAGAGGGUACAAGCAUUAAAAAGAGUGAGGCCCACACACAAAGUAGUCCACUAAGAAGCAAAAGAACUCUCAAAAAGGAUGGAGAAUCAAGAAAAUUGACUUUGCUGAAGAAGGCAGAGGAACCUACUUUGCUGAAGAAGGCAGAGGCACCAACUUUGCUGAAGAAGGCAGAGGCACCAACUUUGCUGAAGAAGGCAGAGGCACCAACUUUGCUGAAGAAGGCAGAGGCACCAACUUUGCUGAAGAAGGCAGAGGCACCAACUUUGCUGAAGAAGGCAGAGGCACCAACUUUGCUGAAGAAGGCAGAGGCACCAACUUUGCUGAAGAAGGCAGAGGCACCAACUUUGCUGAAGAAGGCAGAGGCACCAACUUUGCUGAAGAAGGCAGAGGCACCAACUUUGCUGAAGAAGGCAGAGGCACCAACUUUGCUGAAGAAGGCAGAGGCACCAACUUUGCUGAAGAAGGCAGAGGCACCAACUUUGCUGAAGAAGGCAGAGGCACCAACUUUGCUGAAGAAGGCAGAGGCACCAACUUUGCUGAAGAAGGCAGAGGCACCAACUUUGCUGAAGAAGGCAGAGGCACCAACUUUGCUGAAGAAGGCAGAGGCACCAACUUUGCUGAAGAAGGCAGAGGCACCAACUUUGCUGAAGAAGGCAGAGGCACCAACUUUAAUGGAUAACAAAACUUCAUCUGAAUGUUCCAGUAGGUCUUCCGUCAGCAGUGCUUCAGACAAACCUGGGCGAAUGCCAUUGAGGAGUGAGAGUAGUAAAACGGACGUGGCCAGCCAGUCCAUUACCCUGGCAACCCCACCGACCCCAGUGGGGAACAGAAAGUCAGCUUUGAGAGUCCAGAGGUCGCCCACACCCUCGACCAGUGCUCCAAUCACAGCUGAGAAAUGGAGUGAAGUGGCAUCUCCCAUUAGGCUGAAAUCCCCAGUGAGACUCCCAUCCCCAAUCAGGUUCAAACCAGAGAGGAUCAUCAAGUCUCCAUUGAGGGAAUCACCUUUGCUGGACAGUUCCCCUCUGCCCUCCAGCUCAGUCACUCCUCUCCUGCUGCCCAAGCUGGAGCUUCCUGUACAGACUCGACACAAGUUCCUGGAGUUACUGGAUGUAGUGGAAAACCAACAGAAAAUCUCCUCUCUGAACACCAGGUUCGAUAAGAUGCAAAGAGGCUGGGUCCAGAUGGACAAAGAGGGACAUCCAACGCCAAGACACAAAAAUAAGGCAGACAGACAGGCAGCGAUAUGGAAGAGUAAGCGCAGGGUUCGCAAGCCCAAGUCUUCGGAUCAUCAGAGGUACUCACUAGUUCAAAUGCUUUUCAAGAACGAUUUGGACCUAGCCAGCAUUUGCCACUGGUACAUGGAGUCAACAGAAACCCAAUCGCUGGUCAUCGUAAAGAAGGUGAACACACGUCUUCCCUCUGAGACCCAGCUGCUCUUCCCCGGUAUGUCCCAAAGGCCAUCUCAAGGGGUUUUCCCUAGCCUUCAAGCUGAGCGCUUGAAGAAACACUUGAAGAAGUUUGCCAUGGCUUCCCCUGUGAAGAGCAACCCUAAGAGUCAGAAGCUAAUUGCUAAAGCCCUGGAGCAGGAGGUCAGUACAAGUAUGCCCAAAGGGAAGGAGAAGAGAGAGCUGACUACAGCCACCCGGAUCUCCACCAAAGCCUAUGUUUCCUCUGCAGAGGCACAGGUACAACCAGCCGACGGCCAGAAGGCCUCAGCGAAGGCCAAGAACCCAGCCAGCGCCCGGAUCCUGAGGAAGUACUCCAAUAUAAGGGAGAAGAUGCAAGGUCAACAGAGCUCCAAGAAUCCGAAAGGGGCCCCAAGAAAAGAGCUUGAAGUUUCCAAAGUCAAACCCUCUAAACCCCCAAAGAAAAAAUUGGCAAAACCGUCAAAAUUGAAACCGGCCAUUGCCCAGAGGCAGAAAUUAUCAGUUUCUGGUGAUAAAAGUGUAAAGGAGACAAGUGUAGUAAAAACAGAGCGAGCACAACCAUCUCCUAGUAGAAAGCCUCCAGUAAAAGCUGCUGUCCUGGAGAGAUCAGUCAAGAUUAGCAGAAGCAGUAGAACCUUAAGAGAUCUCAGUAGGAAAGAGAGUGCAUCACCACAGAGGUCUCCCCAAAGAGUAAUGACUCCAAAAGCACAGAAAAACACCCCUGCUCCUGCCACCGUCCCCAAGACUGACUUUAACAAGCAGCAGGUUGGAGCAGAGAAGGCAGUGGUGGAUAAGACUAUGGCAACAAAAGGUCAAACAAAGAGACCCUCACAAAGUAGAGUCUUUGAGACUAAAGUCACUGAAAGUAAAGGUACUGAGCGCAAUGGCGCUGAAAGUGCUGCAGAGACUCCUCAACAGAACAUGGACGUCAAAACACCAGGUUCUCCUGACCAGGUUCUCACUAGGUCACAGACGAAGAUGGAGGCCACUCCACCCCCCUCCGUCCCUCAGAGUGCAAGCCCUAAGCCUGCCACUAAGAAAGCAAAUGAACCUGCUCAGAGUGGAACUCCUAAGGGUGCCACAAAGAGAGCUCUGGAGCCUACACAUACUGUUAGUACAAGCCCUAAGCCUGCCAUAAAGAGAGCCAGUGAACCUGCUCAGAGCGGAACUCCUAAAGGUGCCACAAAGAGAAGCCAGGAGAGCCCACAGACUCCAGCCAAGCGCACCAGGACAUCCCUACAGAAAUAAAGCUUGUGUGCAGACAUGGACUGUAACAGCCAAUCUGACGACAUUUAGUUUUUUUUUUUUUCUUCUGGAA